UGUAGCUGAACACAACAAACACUGAGGAGUCGCCUGUCUGUGAUACUUCAUACUACGUCUGGAAACAUGACAGAAAUUUUGUUGAAAAUAAAAAACAGCGUAGCGGAAAAGAAGAAGACGGCCGUAGCUCAGAGCGACUUGCAGAAGUUGGGUUUAAGAGGGAUACAGCUGAGACCUUACCAGCUGGAUGGCGUGCAGUGGUUAACCCAGUGCCUGAAGAACCAGCAGGGAUGCAUUUUAGGAGAUGAGAUGGGUCUGGGAAAAACCUGUCAGACGAUCUCUCUGCUGGUGUACAUGUCAGGAGCUCUCGGCAGGAAAGGUCCAUUCUUGGUGCUGAGUCCUCUUUCUGUCAUGGAGAACUGGCGGAGGGAGUUGGAAUGCUUCGCCCCAUCUCUGACUGUGCUGUGUUACAAGGGGGACAAAGAGAGACGGGCUGAACUUCAGAGGGAAACACAGGAUGUUCAUGUUCUGCUCACUACAUAUGAGCUGUGUCUAAAAGAUGCUUCAUUCUUGAGACGGUGGAACUGGAAGGUGCUUGUGGUAGACGAAGCUCACAGACUGAAGAACCAGAAUUCACUAUUGCACAAAACCUUGACACAGUUCUCAGUUGGUUUCAGAGUCCUGCUGACAGGGACUCCCAUCCAGAACAACCUACAGGAGCUCUACUCCCUGCUGAGCUUCAUUCAGCCCAGCAUCUUUACAGCUGAUGAGACGGACGACUUCGUCAACUCUUACUCUGAUGUACAAAGUCAACCUGCUCUUGCUGCUGAGCUGCAAAGUGUCCUGGAGCCCUUCCUCCUGCGUAGAGUCAAGUCAGAAGUAGCUGUGGAUCUGCCGAAGAAGACGGAGUUGGUGGUCUACCACGGCAUGUCUGCUCUGCAGAAAAAAUACUACAAAGCCAUUCUGAUGAAGGAUCUGGAGGCUUUUGGAAAUCAGCAAAGUAACAAGAACCGACUGCUUAACAUCUUGAUGAACCUGAGAAAGUGUGUUGACCACCCAUACCUGUUUGAUGGGGUGGAACCGGAGCCUUUUGAGAUAGGGGAGCAUCUCGUUGAAGCCAGUGGGAAACUUUGCCUUUUGGAAAGCAUGCUGACUUACCUUCACAAAGGGGGACAUCGGAUACUGUUGUUCUCUCAGAUGACGAGGAUGCUGGACAUACUUCAGGAUUACAUGGAGUACAGAGGUUAUAGCUAUGAACGACUGGAUGGAUCCGUCCGAGGGGAAGAACGAAAUCUAGCCGUGAAGAACUUCAGCAGCAAAGAUAUCUUUGUCUUUCUUCUCAGCACUAAAGCAGGAGGAGUGGGCUUGAACCUUACAUCUGCUGACACAGUCAUUUUUAUGGACAGUGACUUCAACCCUCAAAAUGACCUGCAGGCUGCUGCACGCUGCCAUCGGAUUGGUCAGAACAGGCCUGUGAAAGUGAUUCGCCUACUGGCAAGAGACACUGUGGAGGAAAUAAUGUACUCUCGUGCUGUGUCCAAGUUGCACCUUACCAACACUGUUAUUGAAGAAGGACGCUUCUCUUUGUUGGACCAAGCUCAUUCAGCUGCUGCAGGACUGCAGCUAAGUGAGAUCUUGAAGUUUGGGGUAGAUAAGCUUUUGUCAUCCGACGACAGCUCUGUGCAGGAUGUGAAACUGGAGAAGAUCCUCGGUCCAUCAUGUGAUGGUCAGUGGCUGGAUGACGAAGACUUUACCUCUCUCAGAGAAGAGGAUGAGGAAGAAGAGAGCAGCUCUGAAUGUGACAGGCAGAACCACAUGUACUGCUUUGAGGGGAAAGACUACAGUAAGGACCCCAGCUCUGAAGACCAGAAAAGCUUUGACCGUUUGUUAGAUGAGCAGCUGGCUGAGUUCCAGAGAGCUGCAGGGGAGGGACGAGCUCUACGACACAAAGCUGGACUUUCACUGUCUGUAGCCCUUGGCAUUCCAACGAGGAAGAGGAAACCUCUUACUGAGGCUGAGCUGGAGCUGAGGCGCCAGAAAAGGGAGGAGGCUGCAGCCAAGAGAGCCAAAAUUCAGGAGGACGUGAAGAAGAAGCAACAAGAGCAGAAAUAUAAGAAAAAAAUGGCAUGGUGGGAGUCUUGUGGCUACAGAUCACUAUGCCUGCCGUCUGUGGACAGUGAAGAAGAAGAAGAAGAAGAAGAUGACAGCAGCGUGUGCUCCACAGACUCUGACAGCACGGCCAUCCACUAUGUUCUAGGGGAUGUUACUCAUCCUCACGCCGCUCAAAAAGAUGCUAUCAUUGUCCACUGUGUUGAUGACUCAGGCCGGUGGGGCAGGGGAGGCCUGUUUACGGCUCUAGAGGUGAGAUCGGAUGAACCACGAAAGAAGUAUGAGUUGGCUGGCAAGAUGAAAGAUUUGGACCUUGGAAACGUGCUGCUCUUCCCCAUUGAUGACAAACAGUCCAGAUUAGAUGGCCAGGAUCAAUUGGCCCUGAUAGUGGCACAGCAAAGAGACAAAGCGAACAACUUGUCUGGGAUCCUUCUAACUGCUCUGGAUGAAGGUCUGAAGAAGAUUUACGCUGCAGCCAAAAGAAAUAAGGCAAGCGUACAUCUUCCUCGCAUAGGUCACUCCACCAAAGGCUUCAACUGGUAUGGCACCGAGAGGCUCAUCAGGAAACACCUGGCUUCCAGAGGCAUCCCCACAUUCAUAUACUAUCACAGCAGAACAGCAAAGAACACAGCUUCACCUCAGGCAUCCACUUCUACGACCCUAAUGUCAACAUCUUCUCCUGAGCCGCAGUUGCGUAACUCAAACAGGUUGACUGACGAGACGGAGGCAGAAAGCCUCAGCCUCUCAGCUCCCCACCAGAGCCCUGGCCCCGCAGAGCUACCCAGUUUCAUGAGGGGAGUCCGUGUGUUUUUCUACAACCUGCCUGCAUCAGAGAGGAAGAGGCUGGCCCGCUACCUUAUUACUUAUGAUGGAGAUGAAGAGGAGAUCAUGAGUCCGGAGGUCACCCACAUAGUUGCAGAGGUGGAGAGCAGCCUCCACUCACAGGAGCUCCAGGAUCUGGUGCGUGAGUACACUCAGGCUGUCCCUGUGCAGAAGGCCUGGCUAGAGUCCUGCUUCUCCAAACAACAGAAAGUCAACACUGCACUGUUCCUACAUCUGUUCUGAUAACACUGUGUUUCACUGUGUGUUUGUUUUUUUAAAAAAAGUGUGAAGCUCAAAUGAACUGAAUGAACUCAGGUGGCUGCUUGAAAAUAUACUAAAUGUCAAAUAAUUUGAAAACAGUCUGCAAUCAUUGAUUCAUAUGUGAAAUCAGGAGUAAAUAAACAAACACCUCUCUGUGCUGGAGGUUUGUGUUCACA